AUGGAAGUGCUCAAGGAAAGACCUGUUAAAGAAGUUCCUGCGCAAAGUCCUUCUCAGGAUGAUAUUAUUCAAACGCAUUAUGAAGAUGCUCCAGCGCGGCUCAACUCCCAGACCUUGCUGGCACUGAUGGCAGUUGCCUCCCAGUACAACGCAUACCUUUUCACGCUGCUGAUGCCAUCCACGGUUUUGUCUUACAUCAACAAAGAUCUCGGCCCCGACCCAUCUUAUACCUGGAUCACUGUCUCUUGGACUUUGGUGGCUGCGGUGGUCGUCACGGUAAGCGGGCGGCUAGCGGAUAUCUUUGGGCGGCGGUAUUUCCUCAUCGCCGGUGCCGUUUUUGGCUGCAUUGGUGCUCUCGUUGGCGCAACGGCCGAGAGUAUCAACCAGAUGAUUGCUAGCGGCGUCCUAUUCGGCUUGGCGGGUGGCUUCCAGGAGAUGUGUUUUGGCUGCAUCCAAGAGCUGGUCCCCAACAAGUGGAGGAUAAUGACUGUUGGUAUAUUUGAGCUGACCGCACUUGUACCAUUUUUCAGUCCACUCAUAGCGUAUGCCAUGCUUGCACAUACGGCUCUAGGAUGGCGAAGCAUCUACUGGUAUAUUUUUGCUUAUGAGAUCUGUGGUCUGGCACUCUUGGUGUUAUUCUACAAGCCACCAUCCUUCAACACAAAACACAGGGUUGAUCAGAAGACGAAGCUAGAGUUGCUGCGCCAGUUAGACUACGUGGGAGUUAUCCUAUUCGGGGCCGGUUGUAUUUGCUUCCUUCUAGGGGUGAGCUGGGGAGGGCAUUACCCUUGGAAGAGUGUGAACGUGAUUUUGCCCAUUGUCCUGGGUGUCUGCCUCCUCAUUGCUCUGGGAUUCUGGGAGAAGCAUGCAGAUCUCGAGUACCCGAUUUUGCCGCCAUUCUUGUUUCGGCGCCUGCGGAGUUUCACGGCAGUCUUGGUCGUAUGUUUUGUCGGUGGCAUGCUUUACUACUCAAUGAAUGUGCUGUGGCCUCAACAAUCUGCCGCUUUUUUCGUCCCGGCUGACGAUAUCAUCAUUCGCGGAGUGUAUUCGAACAUGGUGUCAUUCGGUACUAUUCUUGGCGGCGUUAUUACCGUCGGAAUUUGUCAACAUGUUGGUCAUGAGAGAUGGCAGCUAGUUGUAUUCAUGAUUAUUCAGACAGCUUUAAUCGGGUCCCUCGCAUCUGUGGGCAUGGAUGACAAGGUACAAGCAAUCGCGACAAUCAUAGUUCUUUCAUCCACGGUCACUCCACCUCAGCUGUUAUCAUUCGUCAUGAUUUCCUUGGGUCUUCCCGAUCAAGCUGACAUUGGCGUUGCGAAUGGGCUCGCAAGCACAUUCCGGCUGCUUGGUGGUGCGGUCGCAACAGCCGUAUAUUCUGCCGUCCGAGCUACUGAAUUCACCAGCGUCCUGGACUCGAAAAUCCGAGACAUUGCGGCAUCUACGAGCUUUCCCAAGGAGCACAUCCCGGCGCUCAUUAAUGCUGCGGCGCUGGGAACUGAUGCUGCAUUCGAGAAGGUGCCGGGCAUUACCACCGAGGUUAUAGACGCUGCGACAUUGGCGAACAAGCAAUCCUACGUCCAGGCGUUUAAAUUAGUCUAUCUAGUGGCUAUUGCGUUUGGUGGUGUUGCUAUCAUAUCCUGCUUCUUCACGAAGACCAUCCCCAAAGAGGUUAAAACUGCUCACAGAGCGGUACACUUGGAAAACGAAAGGACUGAUGUAAAGACUGAGGAAGAGCAGAUCAAUUAG